CAAAGGAGGAAAGACUCUCGGACAAGAAAGCUUUCACUAUUGACGCUGUGGUGCCAUACAUAGGAGGAUACAUUCGUGGUCAGCAUGCUGACGGAGGAGCAGCAGGACUCGUCGCCGGUCGAGGCGGCGGCCAGUUUCGAGUCGGAGAGCGAGCUGAGUCUCUCCGACAGCGGCUCCCCCUGCGGCUCUCCCUCAGCCAGUCUCCAGCUGGACGCUCCACCGCCACUGGUACCGUCACCCUACGGCGCGACGCCAGCGCCGCCGACCGGCGUGCGGCGGGUCAUCAGAAAGCUGUUUACCAACUCGCGCGAGAGGUGGCGCCAGCAGAACGUCAGUGGGGCGUUCGAGGAGCUGCGCCGCCUGGUGCCGGCCCACCCGCCCGACAAGAAGCUCUCCAAGAACGAGAUCCUGCGCCUGUCGAUCCGCUACAUCCGACUGCUGACCUCGGUGCUGGAGUGGCAGGAGAGUCAGCUGGAGAACACGCCGCCGACAGCCCGGGUCAAACAGGAGGUCACCGAGACGGCCGGUUCGCCUCUCUGCCAGGACCCGCACCGCUCUGGCUGA